AUGGUGCCGCAACGAUUGUCCGGACUCUCUGCUGUGCGGAAACAACAAUUACUAGUUGAAUUCUCUAGUCUCAAAUAUGCGUGUCCCCAUGGCGUGUUCAUGAGCCUCACCCCAGGGAAUCCUACUCUUUGGUCUGGAGUAAUCUUUGUCAGGAAAGGACCAUACGCGCCUUCAAUACUCCGAUUCCAGAUAUCUUUCCCGCCCUCAUAUCCAUCCCUACCACCACUUGUCACCUUCUCAACGGACAUAUUUCACCCUUUAAUUACCCCCCUAACAACAUACAUGUACACGACAGACAUUCAAGACUCUGGCACUGUAUCCGCAACAGACGAGGAACGUCUACCACCCGGCGGGUUCUCGCUGCGACACGGCUUCCCGGCCUGGUUCGGGCGCGCCAGCAGAAGGUCUGCAGAGCGGACACGAGGAGGGAGUACGCAGACUCCGAUGCGAGGAGCGGGCGGGGUGGAGAGCCCGGGCUCGGGAGACAGUACCAAUUCAACUCCCGGGGUCAGCAAUAAGGAUGCGAGAACGAGCGGCGUUUCUGCAUAUGAUGUGCUACGUUAUAUAAGGAGCGCGUUUGAUGACGAGGCUGUGCUGGAUAGUGUCCCACUGGAGGCUGCUGGCAACCCUGGCGCGUGGCAUGCGUGGCGGACACAUCAAGUCAAGCUGGGGAAGAUUAUGCCUGUUGUCGAGAGCAAGGAAAAGCCGAAUCGGCAUGAAGGACUGAGUGAUGACGAGGGAAGCCUCAGCAGUUCUGAUGCGCCGGGUGGAUAUAAGAGGUUAGCGGGAGGCACGUCUGCGCCUAUGGCUGCUAGGAGACCUGGAGAAUGGAAUUGGGAUGGUGUUUGGGAAAUACGAGUGAAGAAAGGAGUAGAGGCAAGUGUAGCAGAUGCGUCACUCUUUGGAGCUUCGGCGGGGGACGACUUGGUGCAGUUCUUGAAUAUGGACAUGGAGCAGAUUGAGUCGAUUAAGGAGAAUAUCCGGAGGAGUCUGGAGACUGUGGAACCACAACGAAGAGGCAUUGUCUAG